CCCAAGGAGUCAUUGGGGCUACGUUACAGAUAUCUUCACCUACGUUUCCCUCGCUUGCAACGCAAUCUGAGACUGCGAUCUCGGGUAAUGAAGCGCAUGAGUGACUUCUUGGAAGAUGAAGAAAAUUUUGUCAACAUCAACACUCCGACUCUUGGACCUUACACUGCAGGCGGCGCUCAGCUCUUCAUUGUGCCGUACGAAAGCAAGUCAGACAAUGCAGAGAAACUAAAUGAAGGAAGAGAAUACUACUGCCUGAGCCAGUCGCCCCAGACGUACAAGCAGCUGCUGAUGCUGGCGGGGCUCGAGCGCUACUACCAGUUCGCCGUCUGCUACAGGGAUGAGACGGCCCGUCCUGAUCGACAGCCUGAGUUUAUGCAGCUUGACCUCGAAAUGAGUGAUGUUGGUGCUCCAGAAAUCCGAUCCCUGGUGGAGCGUCUGCUGGUGCGAUGCUGGCCUGACGACAUAUACCGCGACACUGCAGGUCCCCCGCCACUCAUACCCUUCCCGUGCAUGACGUAUGACGACGCCAUCAACAAAUACGGCUCAGACAAACCUGACACCAGGUUUGCGUGGCAGCUGGCAGACGUCACGGCAGUGCUGUGCAGUGAAGGCUGCAGUGCAGAGCGCCUCACUGCGUCACUGCAGGACCAGCGCUGCAGUGGCCACGCCUUCGUCGUGCCGCGGGGGCAGAAAUUCCUAGCGAAGUCGACACAGAAGUCGUGGGACGAGCUGGCGCAGAAGGACCACCAGUUGUCGGGCGUGAGUCUCCUGACGGUGCGGCGGUCGUCUGACGAGGUCGCCCUGGCAGGCGCCCUCGCGCGUCAUCUCGACGCCUCGGCGACCCGACGCCUCAUUGAGCUCCUCGGCGCCAGUCCCGGCGACACCAUCGUACUCGCGGCCGGUGCUACACAAAGCGUCCUGUCGCUGCUGGGGCGCCUCCGUUUGCUGGCAGCAGAUCUGGCCGAGGCGGCUGGGGAGGUCGUCAGGGACAGGACCCGACUGCACUUCCACUGGGUCGUCGAUUUCCCUAUGUUCGAGCUGGAUGACGGAGGAGGCUUACAAAGCGUUCACCAUCCCUUCACCGCUCCACGACCACAAGACGCUCAUCUGCUGGACACUGAACCUCUCAAGGCCCGCUCUCAGCACUACGACCUGGUGUGCAACGGGUGUGAGGUGGGCGGCGGGUCCGUGCGUAUCCACGACAGCGGCCUGCAGCAGCGCGUGCUGCAGCUGCUCGGUAUUCCUGCCUCAGACCUCGACUACUUCACAGAAGCUCUCACCAUGGGUGCACCUCCCCAUGCUGGAAUUGCUCUAGGCAUGGAGCGGCUCGUGUUGCUGCUGUCGGGCAGCUCGAGCAUCAGGGAGGUGAUGGCGUUCCCUAAGAACAGCCAAGGACGAUGCCCCAUGACCGGAGCACCUGGCGCUGUAGACGAGGAGCUCCUGCGUAAACUCAAGAUCAUCGGCCCUGCUUCUUCCUCGCCGUCUUAAUCUUUUAUUGUUUUAUUGUUCGUAUUAAAAAAUUUCUACUCAUAUCUCAGAUGGCAAUUCAAUAAAGAUAUCGAACUGAUGGCCCAGUUACGUCUGAUGUGAUUAAUGCGUCAGUUCUGCCCGAUAGCUUUUCCCAUCAUAAUUUUGAUUAUAAUUAAGAGCCUCAACUUACUGUUUAUAUUGCAUUCCUCAAUUAAAUAUUGAAGGCAAAGAGGAAUGCUUCAUAAUCAAAACUGCUAGUGAUUAAAACUUGAGUCAGAGGCUGCAAGUGAUCAAGUAAAGUUUAUAUGUUUUCAAGAUAAAGAAAAACGAAGCAGUGCCACCGGGCAUCUCUAAACGAGGAUCUAUCUGUUUUCAUUUAUCAUUAAAAUCUCUGUACUUGUAAAUAAAAUGAAUCUGAACGUCAAAGGGUUGGAGAAUAUAAAUUCGCGUCUUUCCAA